AUGAUAUGUAAUGUCCAAGGUAUCUCGAAUAAAUUGGCUUCGCUGAGAGAGCUAAUUAGAAUUAAUAAACCAACAUUGUUAGCCCUUGUGCAAACCCAUAUCAGUGGGGAUCAAGCACAAAUAAUUUGUGACCGAAUUGGUUUUUCGGGUCAACUUCGGGUUGAUGCUCAGGGAUUUAGUGGCGGGAUUUGGCUGUUCUAUAGGGUGGAAGAAGUUACAGUUACUUUGUUUGACUCUCACACUCAGCACCUAACUGUGGAAAUUCGUCGGGUGGGUGAUGAGCCAUGGCUCUUCUCGGCCAUCUAUGCUAGCCCAGAGAGUUCAUUGCGACGUGAACUUUGGUCUGAACUGGAAAAUAUCAGGAACCGUUACUCUGGUCCAUGGCUCUUGGCAUGUGACUUUAAUGAAACCAAGAGCAUGGAGGAGAGGAAUGGCCCUGAUCACACUUGGUUCCGUGGGAACUCGUCAGAAACUUUUAAGUCGGCUAGAUUGGACAGAGGUUUAUGUAAUGAUGCGUGGCGUAUUAGGUUCGAAGAAGGGUCAUUACGAAAUAUCCCUAAACUGAAGUCUGACCAUUGUCCGAUUUUGAUUAGCACAACGGGAUUUGCCCCUAUCCCAUCCACUGUGAGACCUUUCAGGUUUCAAGCAGCCUGGAUGAACCACGCAAAGUUUGAAGAAUUUGUUCAUGUAAACUGGAAAAGUACGGAGCCACUGAUUCCAUUCCUAAAAGUGUUCGCAGACCAACUUAAUGAGUGGAACAGGUUGGUGUUCCAUAAUAUAGACUUGAGGGACUGUAGAAUUCUUGCUAAGGGUAGACUUACUCACUUGAUAAAGUUGGAGGUUGCUCUUAAUAAAGAAAUGGAGGAUGUGCUAACCCAAGAAGAGGUGUUAUGGUUUCAGAAAUCAAGAGUGGAUGCUAUCAAAGAUGGUGACCGUAAUACCAGAUACUUUCAUUUGUCCACAAUUAUUAGAAGAAGACAGAAUAAGGGAGAAGCACUAAAGGAUAAUACAGGAAGUUGGGUGUAUGAUGCUGAAACUGAUGAUUGGAAACUAUUAACUAGACCAUUUGAAGAUUGUGAAAUUCAGCGUGGCCUUGUGGGUAUGAAACCUUUCAAGGCUCCUGGCCCGGAUGGGUUUCAACCACUCUUUUAUCAAUGGUGCUGGAAAGUGGUAGCUCCAAGCUUGAUUAAGUUGGUAACUGAUGUGCUAGAGGGUAGAACAUUUCUUGAUGGGCUUAAUAAUGCCUUCCUGGUUUUAAUCCCAAAAGUUGAGGCUCCUCACUCCCCGAAGUAG